AGCUCGUCAGAGUUGGAAGCAGUUGCUCUUGUGGUGGCCCCUUCUUGCGGUGCCGCAGAGGACCUCCACACGGCCCCUACAUCUGCAGACUCUUUGCGUGAGCGUAUCCUUUCUUCUCUACUUGCGAAAGAAGAGCACCAAACAAACAAACACCAUGUCCGAAUUUCUUCGUCAAUACCUAAUCCGCGGCAACACCGCGAUGGGGUACGGCGGUGCGGAUAGAGACCGGAAUAUUACCAACAUCGGCGGGUACCAAUCCAAAUCGCGCAUGGCGAACAACCAAAACGACGCCGACAAGGCGAAUGACCAGAUCCAGAUUCCAACGCGGGAAAUCCGGUUCAAAACUUCCUUUCACAACACGGUUUUAGACGUCUUGAGGUCACGGGGCUACAAGGAAACCGACGCGGAACUGGAGUGGGACAUCCACUGGUGUGACCGGGAGUGGAUCCACGAUAAUUUGGACUAUGUCCAUUUACAGCCGUUUCAACGCGUCAACCACUUCCGGAACCACUUCGAAUUAACACGGAAAGACUUGCUGAUCAAGCACUUGAAACGGGCGAAAAAAGCCGCGGAAAAACAGUUCGGGUCGAACAGUAAGGAGGCGGAGCUGUACGCGAACAUUACCCCGACGACUUUUUCUUUACCCACGGAGUACAGCGUGUUUGUUGAGGAGUUCAAAAAAUCCGCGAAGGAGAAAAUAGGAAAACACUGGAUCAUGAAACCAGUCGGGAAGGCGCAGGGAAAGGUAUAAAGUUCAAGUUGUGAUAGUGAUAUCAUGCAUGACAGUAGACACGAGGACUUCAACAUUUCUUUUCGUCACCAUGACAGGUUCGUUUUCGUCUCUGUUUUUGCAAAUAAGUUGUUCCAAUUUUGAUUCGCAAAACCAAAAUCACAUUCACAACUAUCAGGGCAUCUUUCUGUUCGAUUCCUUGAAAGCGAUUUCGGAUUGGCGGCCAGCCGAACCAAGGUGGAAAAACCAGGACAACAAGAAAUCGAAAGACAAAGAUGACGAACAACCAAGAGAAAUAGAACCCUACGUCGUCCAGCGGUACAUUGCAAACCCGCUUUUAAUCGGUGGUAGGAAAUUCGAUCUCCGCCUGUACGUGUUGGUCACGUCCUGGUCUCCGCUCGUCGUUUACCUCUAUCGUUCCGGGUUCGCGCGGUUUUCCGGGGGGAGAUUCAACUUAAAAUCGGCCGAUUUGGCGAUCCACUUGACAAACGUCGCCAUCCAGAAGCACCAAGAUAACUACGACGAGAAGCGGGGAGGAAAGUGGGAUUUGCAGCAUUUGAAAUCAUAUUUGUACACGGCCUACUCCCGGGACGAGGUGAAUCUAUGAACUGCAAAAGUAUCGCACUCGUAUAAAUGCAUUUACAAAUUAAUAUUUAUUUCCCCAGCAUGAGAAAUAAAAUUUGUAAUGCUGAUUUUCCUUAAGAAAGUGACUUGUAAUGCAUGAUUGCAAUUUAUUACUACGAGUGCGGUACUUUUGCACAGGAUAGAAUCACAUGUUCCACGAAAUUCAGGAAGUGAUACUGCGGUCUUUAUUCGCAUAUGAGGGUGCACAACGACAACUCCCCCUCAUUUGUAUUGCAUGACCAGCAAUACAAACACCAGCACCCGUGGAGCCUGCGCAUGACAAAUUCAUGCAGCUCUAGUGUAGUACAAACAUAGAUACUGUUUGGGCUUCCGGAAUCUGUCAUGCAACCGGUGCCAAAGGAAAGCGCUUGGAUUUGGGGUUUUGCAUGACAGAUGAGGGGGAGGGGGAGUUGUGCACUCUCAUAUCGCGGUACAGGGCGCGAUCAUCAGCGAUAAACACUGCUUCGAACUGUACGGCUUCGACGUGAUUGUGUCGUCGGAUACCCACAGUGAAGAUCCCGCUCACGACGUACACAAGCACAUGCUGGUAUUGCAUGACAAAGCUGGACCGCCAAGUUUAUGCAGCAUGAUAAGUGGCAUGCUCUUCUUUCAAAAUCUGUGAUGCUUUUCGUACGUGUAUGGUGGAUUUGUCUUGCAUAUCGGACCUCCGGCCGUGGCUAUUGGAAGUAAACUCCAGUCCGAGUUUGACGGCUACCACGAGAGAAGAUUACGAAUUGAAAUUUGGCUUGCUGGACGACACAUUCACCGUUUUGGACCUGGAUAUGGCUGUGUCAGGAUCGAAAUCGUCAAAGUUGAAAUACUUUGUCAUGCAUAAAACCGAUACCAGUCGGAAGCCCACUUAUCAAGCGGCGCAUGACAAAUUUUCCGAGCGCCGGAAUCCAAUUUGUCAUGCUGUUUGGGCACAGAAGACUGCUUUUGACGUGCUAGUUUAGUAGCUCUAUUUCAAACCCUAAACAGGCUCACAAUCGGCUUCGCUUGCCAUCCCUGCAAAAGAGGUACUUCAUGCCUUGCAAUUUCUGCGUGAGAAAUUAUUUCAACUUUGUCGAUUUCGAUCCUGACGCUUCCAUACUGGAAAAUUACUUCAAGGGACAAAUUGAGGAUCAGGUACAGAAGAUAGCUUUUUCGCGAAGAUGCAUUUUUGUGCAUGACAAACACGUUUUGCGAUGCAAGACUAGGCAGGACAGACAACGGGAGGUGAACAAUAAAGAAAGAGAAACGCAAGAAGUAUAGUGCUUAUUAGUGCUUAUGUAAAUGCAACAAAACCCCCCUCCCCCUGCUCCCAGGUCGGCGGCUUUGACCUCAUUUACAAAGCGGGUGUCAAAAUCGAGCCCCCACCAAACGCGGUCUACCGAACCUACCUCGGCUGCCAGAACAAUCGAAGAGAGCAGUUGAAACGGCUUGCGAGGGCGUUGGCGGCGAAACAGGAGCUGAACAAUGCGGACAAUAGCAAUGGUGGCGAAAAUACGACUAUCCCACUGCAAAAGCAUCGUAGGUCUACUAUGAAUGAGAUCAUUUCCAUGAUUAUGAUACAUUGACAGAUGUGCUUUCCUACCUAACUCCACUGCUGCAUGAUGACAAGUUACUACCUUCUUCCACCUUGACAAAAAUUUGUGAUGCGAUUUGUACUGCAGCUGCACCGGUGGAUUUUGCAAUGCAUAAUGACGCAAAGCACAGCCGCCGGUAGGGGAGGGGGUGGGGGUGGCGGUGGAUCGUCAGGUUGUACCAGCUCCUUCUCCGCGUUUACCAAUAGCGGGAUCCAGCUCGGAGGGCAGAAUAACGCCUCGAGUUCCUUUGCGGGAGGGGGUUCUUCCGGUGCAGGGCCAGUAGGAACUACAUCUUCUUCGGGCGGCGGCGCAGGGAUGGCGAGUGGAAAAAACGACGGGCAAGAGGGCAGCAAUAUGACGGGUUUGGCCACGUUUUUACGAACUUCCGUGAACAACGCGGGGCUGCCCAGCAGGAUGAGCACGACGUGAAUUUUAUGCGCUUGACUGCCGCUUCUAAUAAUGGAUCGGAUCGCUAUGAAAAUGCGACUCACAUCAAAACUAAACCUUUCAGAGCUCCUUCUUCCGUGCACAGGAAUACAGAAUGACAAGCAACAAUAGCGGAAUUAAGUCAUUUGUAUGUUGGUGUUCGAAGCAGGUGCUGUAGUAAACCCGCGAGCCCCAACAAGUGCCGACUAAAUCGCCCCGCUCGCCUGCAUUUGUAGUUGCAGUAAGCUCAUACAACAGAGGCGGUC